GCUGUUAGAUAUUUAUGAUCGAGUGGGAAAAGCUGUUGCACAUGAUGAGUACAUACCUUUCACCAUUACAAAAGGUCAGAUUUUGGUAGAGAAUCAGAUGACACGCUUCACUGGAAAUUUACAUGUGGAAUUUGUUAAGGGGCAUGAUAACCCCAAGAUAAAUGCUAUUGUUGUAAUGAAAGGAAGUUUAGAAGAUGUGCCUAAACUGCCUCCGCUACCUGGACUAAAUGAAAACCAACGUGGGAAUUUUGAAGAAGAACAGAGUAAAUCUGAUGAUAGACCAGAACGACCAAGAAAGACAUCAGGUCCCAGAUCAAUGGAUCCUUAUGCAUCGGAUGAAAGCAGCCUGCUGCUUCCACUUUUAAUUGCAUUAGGCGUCUUUAUACCCACUUUAUUUUGCUUGUGUAAACUUUAGUUCUGUUAAGAUUGAUUUUAUCUGUCGCGUUUUUCACACGUAGUAGUCGCAUUCACUUAACAUUUAUUUAUUCAAAAAUUCUAUUGAAAGAAAGAGACGAAUAUGUAAACCACAGUUAAAAGUUACGUGGAAAUUUCUCAAAAUGUCGUUGCUUUUGAGUUAUCUUUCCUUCGUUAUUUUCAUCUUUAAACUAUAUUUCUCUUACAUGGGUUCGUAUGAAAAACGUGACAGGAUAACCAUAUUUUGCCAGUUAAUUUAUUUGCUUGUAAAAUUAUUCAGUCAAAAAUUACCUUAAAAAAUAACGCAGACUACGAUUUGCCAAAAA